AUGCAGGGUAGAGUACCAGCAGGUAGAAUAGUGAACAGUGACUACGGUUCAGCAUCCAGCACCGUCCGCAACCGCAGAGCUAACCCAGCAGCAUCCAGCACCGUCCGCAACCGCAGAGCUAACCCAGCAGCAUCCAGCACCGUCCGCAACCACAGAGCUAACCCAGCAGCAUCCAGCACCGUCCGCAACCGCAGAGCUAACCCAGCAGCAUCCAGCACCGUCUGCAACCGCAGAGCUAACCCAGCAGCAUCCAGCAUCGUCCGCAACCGCAGAGGUAACCCAGCAGCAUCCAGCACCGUCCGCAACCGCAGAGCUAACCCAGCAGCAUCCAGCACCGUCCGCAACCACAGAGCUAACCCAGCAGCAUCCAGCACCGUCCGCAACCGCAGAGCUAACCCAGCAGCAUCCAGCACCGUCCGCAACCGCAGAGCUAACCCAGCAGCAUCCAGCACCUUCCGCAACCGCAGAGCUAACCCAGCAGCAUCCAGCACCGUCCGCAACCGCAGAGCUAACCCAGCAGCAUCCAGCACCGUCCGCAACCGCAGAGCUAACCCAGCAGCAUCCAGCACCGUUCGCAACCGCAGAGCUAACCCAGCAGUAUCCAGCACCAUCCGCAACCUCAGAGCUAACCCAGCAGCAUCCAGCACCGUCCGCAACCGCAGAGCUAACCCAGCAGCAUCCAGCACCGUCCGCAACCACAGAGCUAACCCAGCAGCAUCCAGCACCGUCCGCAACCGCAGAGCUAACCCAGCAGCAUCCAGCACCGUCCGCAACCACAGAGCUAAGCCAGCAGCAUCCAGCACCGUCCGCAACCGCAGAGCUAACCCAGCAGCAUCCAGCACCGUCCGCAACCACAGAGCUAACCCAGCAGCAUCCAGCACCGACUGUGACUGA